CCUUGAGGUGAGUUUUUUUGCCUGUCUCACAGAGUAGGCUGCAGCCUGCCACUUCUUUCAAAAGUUCUGUGGAUUCUUCCAGUUUUCCUGUUCACUUCCUGCAUUCGUUCCUGGAGAAAAAAAUUCACAGUGUGAAUCUCUACACACUACUCUGUCCUUCCAAGUGGGAGAGGCAUGCUAACACUGCCUCAGUCUGCUCUCUUAGGCGGAAAAAAAGCAGUCCAGUCUAAAAAAAAUGAAUUUGUUGGGUGUAGCAACCCAGAGGUCAUUGGAAACCUUGGCAAAAGCUAUUUCAGUGGAGCAGUAGGAAGGAAGGCAGUUGCAGUGUAUUUGUUGAGCAGCAGAGGAAGCCGAGAGAGCAGCUGUGUUAGCAAAAGGGUACUAGGACAGAGGGAGCGUGAUAAAGGCAUAAGUAAGGUAUGAUGGAAGGAAAAGAGCCAGGACAGAGCGGGGAGAAAGCAGGAUCCUCAAGGAUCAGAGAGGCAAUGGGUCCCACGGUCAGGUGCAGGGGAUUCAACAGAAACAGAAGGAGGGACAUUUCUCACUCUGACCCUGGAAAGAAGGAAGAAACUGCGUGUGAGUUCCGACUAGUCUGUUGAGGGGGGCUGGGAUGCCUGCAUCUUCCCUGUUAAAAAAGGAAGUUCGGGUUCAGAACACUCUGAGACAGAAGGUGGGUAGGCAAAUCUCCACCUUCAGACUGGCAGUCUCCUCCAGAAGCCAUCAGACAGGAAGAUGUGAAAAUCCGCAGCGCUCAUCCCAGAAUCACUAGGUGGCACCUGUCCUGGGUCAAAGUCCCAGGACAGACCUUAUUGUUCCUCUGUAGGAACACCUCCCCAGGAGGGCCUCCUCGAUUUCCCCCCUCUCAACCCAGAAGUUUCAUCAUCCAGGCUGCUUCAUUUUUUUUCUGUGUAACAGCUCUGACUACCACCCAACCUUGAGGCAUAUUGAAGACUUCGGUGGACACUCUAAUAACAGCAGGCUGCAGCUGCUGUCCUGGAGGUGUUCUACAGGUGAAAAGCCCAGCAUCCUGGUCAGGAUUUAAGUUUUCCUCAAAAAUGGAGCAUAUUAACUGGGCUGACUACGGCCUCGAAGGUCUCUUUGAAGAUCUCUUUGAAGAUCUUAGUAAUUACACUUACAGCUCUGACCUGCCCCCUCUUCUGCUAGAUGCUGCCCCAUGUGAGCCAGAAUCCCUGGAAAUCAACAAGUAUUUUGUGGUCAUUAUCUAUGCCCUAGUAUUCCUGCUGAGCCUGCUGGGAAACUCUCUCGUGAUGCUAGUCAUCUUAUACAGCAGGGUCGGCCGCUCUGUCACUGAUGUCUACCUGCUGAACCUGGCCUUGGCCGACCUGCUCUUUGCCCUGACCUUGCCCAUCUGGGCUGCCUCCAAGGUGAGUGGCUGGAUUUUUGGCACAUUCCUGUGCAAGGUGGUCUCACUCCUGAAGGAAGCCAACUUCUACAGUGGCAUCCUGCUACUGGCCUGCAUCAGCAUGGACCGCUACCUGGCCAUUGUCCAUGCCACACGCACACUGACCCAGAAGCGCUACUUGGUCAAGUUCAUAUGUCUCAGCAUCUGGGGUCUGUCCUUGAUCCUGUCCCUGCCCGUCUUGCUCUUCCGAAGGACCAUCUACCCACCCUCUUUUAGCCCUGUCUGCUAUGAGGAUAUGGGCAACAAUACAACAACAUGGCGGAUGGUGUUGCGGAUCCUGCCCCAGACCUUUGGCUUCAUUGUGCCGCUGCUGGUCAUGCUGCUCUGCUACGGAUUCACCCUGCGCACGCUGUUUAAGGCCCACAUGGGGCAGAAGCACCGGGCCAUGCGUGUCAUCUUUGCUGUGGUCCUCAUCUUCCUGCUCUGCUGGCUGCCCUACCACCUGGUCCUGCUCGCAGACACCCUCAUGAGGACCCAGAUGAUCAAGGAGACCUGUCAGCGCCGCAAUGACAUUGACCGGGCCCUGGAUGCCACCGAGAUUCUGGGCAUCCUCCACAGCUGCCUCAACCCCCUCAUCUAUGCCUUCAUCGGCCAGAAGUUUCGCCAUGGACUCCUCCGGAUCCUAGCCACACAUGGCCUGAUCAGCAAGGACUUCCUGCCCAAGGACAGCAGGCCUUCCUUUGUUGGCUCUUCUUCAGGGCACACUUCCACUACUCUUUAAGGCCUCCUGCCUAAGUGCAGCUCCGUGAGUCCUCCCUUCCCUUCAGAGUUGCUUUCCAAGCCUCAUGUCCACUGGUUCUUCUUGGUCUCAGAGUCAGUGCAGCCCCCACUGUGAUCACAGGAAGCAGAGGAGGCCAUGUUCUUACUAGGUUCCCUUGCAUGGUUUAGAAAGCCUGCCCUGGCGCCCCACCCCUCACCAUAAUUUCUACGUCACCUGCUGGAGCUCUGUCCAUCCUGCCCCUGAGCCCAUGGCACUCUGUGUUGUAAGAAGUGAAAAUCUACACUCCAGUGAGACAGUUCUGCAUGCUCUUUAGGAUGGCUAGUAUCAAAAGAAAGAAAAUCAGGCUGGGUGCGGUGGCUCAGGCCUGUAGUCCCAGCACUUUGGGAGGCUGAGGUGGGCAGAUCACUUGAUAUCAGGGGUUCAAGA